CCGUGAUGCUCAUUAACUGUUCAGACCUCUUAGAGUCAUGAUGCUUGCAGGUUUCAUCUUUCUGCUCCUCGUCACAGGUGGAAGUACCUCCAGUUACACAGAGCGACCUGAGCUUCCUGGCGUUCGACAGAUGUUCAAUUACAGCUUUGAGGAAAGUGGAAGUACCUUAAAUUACACUGCAACAUUGCAACCAGAGCUUCAAGAAAACUCCAAUCAGAGCCUUAAGAACGUAAGUGGGGAGUCCUCCAAGAGUAACUGCACUUAUCGGGAUAUUUUAAAUCACUUGAACUUGAAAGAAAAUGAGAACUCCAUGACUCAGCCUGGUGGUGAUAAAUCACCCACAACAGUAGAACUGGAUCUACUACUCUAUGCCAUUCUAGAUGUGAAUGAGAAGGACCAGAAAUUUGUUUCAUACAUUUGGAUUGAUGUGUUUUGGAAGGAAGACAUUUCUUGGAAUCCACAUGAAUUCUGUGGUAUAUGGGAUAUUUAUAUUCCUGCUGAAAAAGUGUGGAAGCCAGAUCUAACUAUUCAAGAGAUGACAGAAAAGGACAAGGCCCUUCCGAGUCCAUAUCUCCUCAUUUAUUCGAACGGUAACAUCUGGCGCAGGGAUGACAUGUUGGUGGUCAGCACCUGCACAAUGGAAGUUUACAGAUUUCCCUUCGACUAUCAGAGCUGUAACCUCUCAUUCAAGUCUAUCAUACACUCUGACAGGCAUAUAAUGCUUGCAAAGCAAGCUGAAUCUGACUGGAACACAAGGUGGUCUAAGGAGAUGAUGCGGACCCAGUCCGAGUGGCUGUUUCUCAACAUGACAAUCGACAACAAAACUGCCAACAAUUUUGGCAUAAACCAAAGCAUGUUGGUUUACACUAUCAACAUGAAGAGGCGGUCUGCACUUUACGUGGUUAACUUCUUGGUACCUAUCCUGUUCUUCUUAUGUCUGGACUUGGCCUCAUUCCUGAUCUCGGACAGCGGGGGGGAGAAGCUCAGCUUCAAGGUCACUGUGCUGCUUGCUGUCACUGUGAUGCAGCUUAUUCUCAAUGAGAUUCUGCCUUCCUCGUCAGACAGGAUUCCUCUUAUAGCGGUCUACUGCAUUGGGAUGUUUGGAUUGAUGAUGCUAAGCCUAAUGGAGACGAUUUUGGUGAUGCAUCUAAUGGAAAAAGACUCUAAAGAUCAAAGCCUGAGUGAUUACUGUGGGGACAAACAGGGCAAAGUCAGCUUCCACAACUGUUGUAGAGAGGUUAAGAAAUUGACUCACGUCUGUCAUAUCUGUGAUGUGUUUCCUGGUGAAACGCCAUCUGGACUGCUGCCGGUGGCCAAAGAGGGUAGCAGCCGCCAUCUGACGGAGGAGUCCCAUGCCUCAGAUGAGCUAAGUGAGGCGGUGAAAGCUCUGACUCUGCUCCUCAGCAACAGGGAGGAAGAGAAGAUGCCUGGCUACUGGACCAGAGUGGCUAAAACAAUCAACAAAGUUUUCUUCAUUUUCUAUGUCAUAGCUGCCAGUGUGUUUUUACUCUGUUUGUUUUUCAUUUGGUAAGAGAACAAGUGAUAAUAAUUCAGAUGACCGACAACAAGUCAUGCUGCAGGUUAAUUUGGGCAGAGGUGAAGCUGUGCUGAACAAAAUGUCUCUGCCCCCAA